UGCAUUGUGGGUAGGUCAGUAACAGAGAGUGGAGGACGCCAUGUGCUAUUGAGGGAGAAGGACCAGGAUUGACAGGCUACACUGUGACUGUGAAUUGUAAAAAUCUAUAGGAGAUCCGGGGGCACAAAUAAUAAACAUGUACUGCACAAGACAUUGCAUUCGGACCGCACUGCGAAUCGCCGCAAAGACACAUCGGCAGGAGCUCCAGACACCAACGCUAUGUGUCCUCCGAACACUCGGAACCAGCCCAGCCAGCCUUUCUGAUGUCAUCGCCACCCCCCCUCUGGAUGGAGCCCCCAAAGCGUACCCCCCCAAAAUCACCCAGCUGGUACACGACAUCACCAGCCUCACCUUGUUAGAGGUGUCAGACCUCAAUGAGCUCCUCAAGAAAACCCUGAAUAUCCAGGAUGUUGGGAUGAUGCCAAUGGGAGCCAUGACUGCAGCAGCAGCGCCUGCAGCUCUGGCAGUGGAAGAGGACAUGGCACCAGUGAAGAAAGAGAAGACACACUUCACAGUGAAACUGACAGAACUGAAGGCAGCAGAGAAAGUGAAACUCAUAAAAGAAGUGAAGAACUGCAUCCAAGGCUUGAACCUGGUGCAGGCUAAGAAGUUGGUUGAGUCCCUCCCCCAAGAGAUCAGAGCCAAUGUGUCCAAAGAGGAGGCGGAGAAGCUGAAGACGGCCCUGGAGACAGCAGGAGGCACUGUGGUGCUGGAGUAAACCGUCCCUCCUCUCUCCCUCCCUGCCUCCACCCGUCUGACCCCGAUCCACCGUCUGGCUGCGGUUACUCCCAUCUUCUGACUAUCUGUUUUAUACAGCAGUUAAAGAACAAAGGAACCAAUACCUUGGAAAAGGAAACUGAAAUAUUGCCUUUUGACAACGUCGCUGUACUAGCUACCAACUGGGCGGUGUGAGGCGGGGCGGGAGAAACUAACUCAGACUGAACUCCUCAGGCUCAGAGCCUGAACACACCCGCCCGCCGCCCGGCCGCUCGUCAAUUUACUCCCCCAUUUGUCUUGUUUGUUCUGGCUGGCUCUGUCCCGAUUCUCCAUCCUUCUCCCGAAGUGUGUACUUCUCUUGCGUUCUUUCUCGCAUUGAUUCAACAAUGGUGGAAACUCAAACUCCCUCAAGCCAAUGUUUACAUCAGCUCCAUAUUUAAAAGUCCAUGACUGGGAAUAUGAGGGCACAGUACAGGAGAAGGGUGGAUAAUGGGUACUUUUGCCCAUCUAUCAGUCUGGUACUUUUGCCCAUUGGGCUGCAGUCAAGCUGGCCCUGGGCCUCCGGUCUGUCUGUCUGGGGGUGAGUUGCCCUGGACCUCCUGUCUGUAUGUCUGGGGGUGAGUUGCCCUGGGCCUCCAGUCUGUCUGUCUGGGGGUGAGUUGCCCUGGACCUCCUGUCUGUAUGUCUGGGGGUGAGUUGCCCUGGACCUCCGGUCUGUCUGUCUGGGGGUGAGUUGCCCUGGACCUCCUGUCUGUAUGUCUGGGGGUGAGUUGCCCUGGACCUCCUGUCUGUCUGGGGGUGAGUUGCCCUGGGCCUCCUGUCUGUCUGGGGGUAAGUUGCCCAGGACCUCCUGUCUGUCUGGGGGUGAGUUGCCCUGGGCCUCCUGUCUGUCUGUCUGGGGGUGAGUUCCCCUGGGCCUCCUGUCUGUCUGGGGGUGAGUUGCCCUGGGCCUCCUGUCUGUCUGUCUGGGGGUGAGUUGCCCUGGGCCUCCGGUCUGUCUGGGGGUAAGUUGCCCAGGACCUCCUGUCUGUCUGGGGGUGAGUUGCCCUGGGCCUCCUGUCUGUCUGUCUGGGGGUGAGUUGCCCUGGACCUCCUGUCUGUCUGGGGGUGAGUUGCCCUGAAAGCCUCGUAGCUAACGUGGCAUGUUAUUUCUCUUGACAACCCUCCACAGUGACCAUUGAAAUAUCUACGUUUGACUGUCUGUAUUCUCCAGAGGAGGCUGGUGGGAGGAGCUAUAGGAGGACCGGCUCAUUGUAAUGGCUGGAAUGGAAUUAUGGAAUGGAGUCAAACAGGUGGUUUCCAUUUGACUCCAUUCCAUUAAUUCCAUGUCAGCAAUUACAAUAAGCCUGUCCUAUAGAUCCUCCCACCAGCCUCCGCUGGUAUUUUAUCUGCGUUAAUGAACUAAAUUUGUCAAAUGAGCACUUUGCUGGUUGUUCUAUGAGUGGUGUGAGUCUGGGUCAUCAAGAGGACUGAGGUACCACGUUCACAACACAUCUUUUUUAGAAACCCUCCCCCUGACUGGUAACAGACUGCUGUGUAGGGAGACAUGGUUACCAAGGUUACCGUGUUAUCUAGAACCAGGAGAACGGAGCUGAUUCCUCAUUACGGGUUGGAACCGGUUCACGGAACAGAACUGAAAAGCCGGAAAAUAACGUCAUUUUUCAAGUAGCAGAAACAGAACCUGGAACGAAAGUGAUCCAUAGAACCAUUAUUUUAAAAGCAUGGGAACCGGUUAAUAACGUUCUUUUACAUUCCAGGCGUUUCUACUCUCACAAAAAACGCAACAAAGUGCCUAGGCAAAGCCCCCACUGUCAUUCAGAAACAUAUUCCAGUAUCUGCCUGCAAACUGAAAAUCUGAAAUGACCCCCCCGAAGCUAGGCUACUGUAGUGACUUACAAUCGCGAUUCAGAAGAUAGGGGGAGAGAUUUUUUAAUUAGCUAGAAGACUAAAUGAAUUUUUUGAUGCUAGUUAAGGAUACUAUAGGCAUAGUUAUCACGUUUCACAUUGGGUUUAUUAACUACAAAAAGGUAAGACGUGUUUUUUAAAGUCUGGUGCCGCUCUGCACAAACUAGCUUGUUGGCUAGCAAGGUCAAAGGACAUUAAAAGUUCUUCCGUAGAAGCCACUCCUCGGUAUAAUUCUGUGGACAUAAAUCAGAUAACGCAUGUCAAAACGAUGCCCAGCGCUUCAAGCCUCCUCCUCAACACUCUUGUUCUCUCCCCACCCGCAAAAUGUCAGUCGCAUCUUGUUUGUCCAUCACGCAAGCUUGCCUGCUCUAUCUGCAAUGAUUGGUGAAGUAAUUUAAUCAGCUAAAUGUAAAAAAUAAAAAGAUUUUAAAGGUUAAAAAGGAACAGAAAGGAACGUUAUAAACCGGUACUUUUGUUUGAACCGGUUCUGAACUUUAUUUUGCUGGUCGAAACAGUGGAACACAACUUUUUUUUUCUGUUCAGAACUAAACGAUUUGGAAAAAUAAUUUUGGUUCCAACCCCUGGUCUGUAUACUGUAUGGCUGAUAUAGGAUCAAUGAUGAAGUGAUUAAAAUUAAAAUAAAAUACAAGUUACAUUUC